CACGCGCCAACACUCGCAGAGCAAACUUUCCCCGGACCGCUCUUGUCUUUCAAAACAGUCGCCGGGUUUUUCGACGUCGAUCUCGCCGAUACCAUGGCGCCCAAGGAUCACUCGAAUCCUCACAUCGCCAUUGGAAACAUCUGGGGCAAGUCUGGCAAAUGGAUUGGCGAGUUUCGAGCUCACGAUUCGUGGCUGGGCGUACAGACGUCCAACUACGAAGGAGGCGAGAAGCUCGAAUUCAUCGCCAUCAGCACCGGAAUGGAGCGCAAGGGCUCAUUCAUUUUUACCCCGGAGAAAUUCGAGGAGAAUAAAGAUGCGGACGGCAUACUGGACUUUGUGAAUGUGUUGUGGAUUGAGAGGAUCGGCACUGUUGCGUAUCGACGGGGAAUCGGCCACAUCUUACUCAAGGCCUGGAAUGCGCAGGCACGAGAUCAAGUGGAUAUUGUUCUCGGAUGAGGGGUUCCGGAGAGUUAUUUGUAUAGCCAGCGAGGUUAUAUGUCGAGCGUGGGCGUUUAUAGGGAGGUUCUGAGUCUCGAGUCUAUUACGACGGCGGCGGCAAUGGUCAAUUCUUGUUCUGUGGCUUGAUAUCUGUAUUUAAUUACCUAAUGAUUUUUCGUUAUUUACUCCGUCAUGUAUGAUUGGGAAAAUGGUUCGUGGCUAGCAGGCGGGCAGGUAGUUUGUACGCGAUUCUAUUCAGUGUGAUGAUAUCUGUU